CUUUUUGUUAAUAACUUUUUGAAUUAAUUUGAUUAUAUUCCAUUACAUCCCAAGCGCAUAAAACUUCCAUCGAUAUGGCAUGCCUUUAUAACUAACUCAUGUUUAGCACAUUACAAAGCAACUCUGGAUUUGUGUUGAUGAAGAAAAGUGAAAAGUUCAUUACUUGUGUCGAUUUUAUUUUACUGAUAUAUAUAAUUUGAGAAGUUUCCGGAUUUUCAUAGCAUUUUCAUAAUCUUCGACUCUAUCAGGCAGAAAUAAUAAAGAAGUUGCUCUCUUUAUACGUCAACACAUCUUAUGUGGGAAAAAUGGAUGGAUUACAACAGCGACGCGAACGAAAAUCAUCAAUGGCUCCACUUUCUCCAUGUCCGAUACCAGAUAUAAGCGAUGAUGAAUUAGUUUCUAUAUCCGUUCGAGAUCUCAAUCGUACAUUAAAGUCUCGAGGCUUGAAUCGUGAAGAGGUUGUACGCAUGAAACAGCGCCGACGAACGUUGAAAAACCGUGGAUAUGCUGCUAGUUGUCGCAUAAAACGUAUAGAACAAAAGGAUGUGUUGGAAACAGAGAAGUCGCAUGAAUGGGUUGAACUAGAAACCAUGCAUGAGGAUAAUGAACAUUGUCGAAAGGACAUAGUCAACUGGAAGAAUAAAUACAAGGCUUUGCUACAAUUUGCAGCUCACAAUGACAUUCCGAUUCCUCCGGAGCUGGAAGGCUGCUGAGCGAUGUAAUACGAGCAUAUUGAUUUUACUUAAAGAUUUUAACCCGGACCGUCAUCUUUCGACGAAACGACGAGGCGUGUUCUUGCUUACAUAGUUUUAAUAUAAAUUUAAAGUUACAAAGGAGACGAUGAUGAUAAGCAUUUCUUUUACUUUUGAUUAAAAAUUAAGUAAACGUAAAAGUAACAUCUAUUUUGUAAAAUAUUUAUAGUACAGAUUUCUUUUUAAUAUGGAAUUGAAAUAGGUCAUCGUCAAGGCAACGAAGGAUUACGUUUGUGUACAACAAAAAGAAGGAUGAUGUUCCAGGGUUAAUUAACUUGAAUGUAUACGAUUUUUUGUGGAAUUUUAUUUUUACCUAUUAUCAGAUUUAAAUAAAUAUUGCUUAAUAUUAGUUUAGCAGUCUAAAAUAUAA